AUGUUACAGAGAGGAUUGUUGUGUCGAUGGUUGUCCUCGGCAUCAGGUCUUCGCCGGAUAAAGGGAUUUAACCUUACACCAUAUGUGUCACCGUUGCUGUUCCGCUUGCACCCAGAUACAAUGCAACGACAAGCGCCUGCUUUGGCACAGAAGAACGAACAGGCACUUAAACAACUCAAUGUAUUUCUCGAGUUGGCCUCUUUCGGUUGCAAUAAUGACGCAUUUAAUGCUCGAAAACACAUCUUAGCUCGUACAGCAAGUUGCCAAGAUCUUUCUGAUGCACCAGUGCGAUUCCCAUUGAUGUUCUAUGUCCAAGUAGACGAGUUGAAAUCCCAAGAAAAUGUAGACGGCUUGGCUCAAGUCAAUUACACAGUCGAAGUUCCAGGGCGUUUGAUUAAGCGCACGCUGUCGAAUCCUGGUCGCUUGACGAACAUUCGUGACGAUCCAGAAGCCGCGAUUCUAGCUCCGUUCGCGCGCGAGUGGCAACGCACUACAAAACAAAUACUAAAGGAUUUGUUUCUCGUGGCACAAGUACCGUUUCAUGUGGAAGAAGGAAAUACAAAGAAGAUGACUGCAUUAGCUGAAUGGCUGGCGGAGGAAGAGACGCUUGCAGAUCAGGCAAUCAAGCAUGGGAUUCAUGUUAAUAAAGAAAAUCAGGCGAAGAAGCGGGAGUUGGAACAGUUUGACAGUAGGUUUUACAAGAAGCUCUCACGCGAAAAAGAUAUUGUGCAGGAAAUAACGACGGGACUGGAAGAUAUUCCAACUACACACCAUGCCGUAUUAACAAGUUUGCUGCGUACAAGACUCUUCUUGCCAAAAUUUCAGGACUUGGAGAUGAGAAAAAGUGCAUUUCAUUGGAUUGCAAACUUUUUGCUCGUCAAUUUCAUGGAGCUGCGUCUGCAUAGUCUUGUCUGGAACAAAAUCACGUUGUUUCUGUCAGCCAAUUCUAUGGAACAGCCCCAAGUUUCGUGGGAUGAAAAUUCUCCAGAGUUAGGCAUGGGUUUUUUGUUUCCGCUUGGCAUGGAUGUCGAUGCCUUAAUCGAUUUUAUAUACUCAAAUGUACAAAAUCUGGAAUUUUCUCUGGAGCAAAAAUCUUUUCGUGCUGAAGUCGCGAUCAAAGAGCAACAAAAGCUUAUGAGAGAGAGAAAAAAACCAAAUCGAAGAAGCAAGCGUCGGAAGCAUUUUUAUCAAGAUGAAGUUGAUGCAAUUUUUGGAUGCUAUUGA